GUUGCAAUUUGCUUGCGGCGAAAGUUGUUCGCCAACAAGUCGAACAAAUUAAAUAAUUUAACACAAAGAAAGUUGCAAAAAUGGGCAAAAACAAGGGUGGAGGCGGAGGCGGUGGCGGUGGUGGUGGUGGUGGUGGUGGCUCUGGUGGUGGCGGCGGCGGCAAUAAAAAAGGCGGCGCUGGCGGCGGCGGCGGAGGUGGUAAAAACAAACCACCUACUCCACCGGCUGACAAAGGUGGCGGCAAGAAAGGAGCUGAUCAAAAGGCAGCUGGCGGUGGCGGUAAAAAGGGCGGCAAGAAAUAGCUCUUGAGGGUGUGC